AUGACACAACCUGUGCUUGUUGCCAAGUCUUCCAUCUUACUAGAUGUGAAGCCCUGGGAUGAUGAGACAGAUAUGGCAAAAUUAGAGGAGUGUGUCCGAAGCAGUCAAGCAGAUGGCUUGGUCUGGGGGUCCUCUAAACUGGUUCCAGUGGGAUAUGGAAUUAAGAAGCUUCAAAUACAAUGUGUAGUGGAAGAUGAUAAAGUAGGAACAGACAUGCUGGAGGAACAGAUCACUGCUUUUGAGGACUACGUGCAGUCCAUGGAGUGGCUGCUUUUAACAAGAUCUAAAAUUGCCCUGAUCAUUGCAUUUAAAUAAAAGUUUGAAGGAUUAAAAAAAAAAAA